AUGGCUCCGGAGAGUGCCUGGCUCCUGAGAACGGGGCUUGUGCUGUUGGUGGCAGCUCAAGUCCUUCCAUCAGCGUCCGGCUGCAACGGGGUUCACUACGAGAGGGUGAUCAACGAUUUCUGCUCGGCUAAGUUCAAACACGACAUGGUAGGGCUGGACCGAGGCCUGUGGUGCAGCUGGCCGGACACCACGGAGAUCUACGAGGGGUUAACAAACUGCACCUACCAGGUGGCCCUGAGGAUGGACUGCUUCUGGCCGAAUCAGAUAGUCGACCGCCUCUUCAUGCAGGUUCACCGGACCUACUUCCACGACUGCGCUCUGACCGGCCGGCUCCUCCACGACCCGUCCACCAGCAUCCUCGCCCCGUUCAUCGUCGUGCCGGUGCUGGUCACCCUGCUCAUGACUGCCCUCGUGGUGUGGAGGAGUAAACGCACAGAGGGGGUUUUAUAG